ACGGCGCUUGAGGGUUCUCGCGAUUCUUUAAUUUUAAUUUUGGUUUCCGGUAAACUGAGAAAGAAAAAAAAAACAGAAAAAGAGAGGAGAGGAGAAAACCCUAGCGUGAUUUUCUCGUAGUUUCAUAGCUUAAUCCGGCUACGCAUCUUAGGGUUUGUAGAGAUCUGAUUGUUAGAUAGGCACAACGAGAGAAGAGAGGGGGGAGUGAUGUCGGAUUCUGAAAAAGAGAUCGAGAAUCAGAUUCUGGAAGCAGGGGAGAAGCUUAUCGAUCCACCUUCUUCACUCGAUGAGCUUCUUUCUCUCCUUGACAAAAUCUUCACCUGCUUAGUAGAUGUUGAGCAGUCACCUCCCGCCUCAAUGCAGAACGCACUCUCUCCCUUGAUGACAGCACUAGUCGACGGGAAACUCGUCAAGCAUUCCGAUACCGAUGUGAAAGUCUCAGUCGCUGCCUGCAUCAGUGAGAUUACUAGAAUAACUGCUCCCGAUGCUCCUUACGAUGAUGAUCAGAUGAAGGAAGUGUUUAAGUUAAUCGUAUCGUCGUUUGAAAAUCUAGACGACGACUCUAGUCGCUCCUAUUCCAAAAGGACCUCGAUCCUCGAAACUGUGGCCAAGGUCAGAUCAUGCGUUGUGAUGUUGGAUCUUGAGUGUGAUUCACUUCUUAUUGAGAUGUUCCAGAAUUUCUUGAAGGCUGUAAGGGACCAUCAUAAAGGGAACUUAUUUUCUUCUAUGGAGAACAUUAUGACACUUGUUUUGGAAGAAAGCGAGGAGAUACCUACAAAGAUGCUUUCACCAAUUCUACAUUAUGUUAGAAAGGAUGAUGAGGUUCCCCAAGUAUCACGGACGUUAGCAGAACAAGUUCUCAGUAAAUGUGCUAGCAAGCUCAAAAAUUAUCUGACUGAGGCAGUGAAAUCUUCGGGUGUCUCUUUAGAUAAGUAUAGUAAGAUAGUGGCUUCGAUAUGUGAAGGGACAUUCAGCGCUUUGCAGCAGGACCAACUUGUUGAGAAUGAGAAAGAGGAUAGUCAAGGUCCUUCAACAAAGGAAGCAGAAGUAGAGCAGGAUAAACAGGAGGCAGAAGUAAUUUCUACACCCGAGCGAACUGAUCCACCUAAGGAUGAAUCAAUUAAGUCAGGAGUCAGCAAUGGCAUUGCGCAACAAAAUGAUUCUUCUGUUGAUACUGAGUCUACAAAGAAGCUAGAUGAUACAAAUGCUGAAGAUGAGCCUGAACAACUUGAUAGUAACACUGGCUUGGAUGAUACAUCUGAAAAGAAGGCAGCUGUUGAACAUCAAACUCAGGAAGAAGAACCCAGUUCUGUCAAACAGGUGGAGUCAUCAAAAAGUCCAGAUAUCAAGGAGGAUACUGAACCUGAAGCACUCUUGGACAGCAAGGAUGUGCAAAGUUUACCUCCUGAUGAUUCAUCUGUCAACGCUGCUGCUUCUGAAAACGAUAAGGAUACAAGUGUGCAGGCUGAGCCACCGAAGACAUCUGCUGAUGAAACUGCCAAUGUCAGUUCUCCAUCUAAGCCUGAUGAGGAAAUCCAGCCUGAGACGACUGCAAACCAGAAGAAAAAGGAGGGUUCGACGAAGGAGGCAAAGCCAUCGAAGACAUCAGCUGAUGAAACUGCCAAUGUCAGUUCUCCAUCUAAGGCUGAAGAUCUUGUUGAGGAGAUCCAGCCUAAGACGACUGCAAACCAGAAGAAAAACGAGAGCUCGACGAAGGAGGCCAAGCCAUCAGCUGUUAGUGCUACCGAAGAAGCUUCCGAAGAAACAAAGACUUCUAAAGCUAAAAUGACAAAAAAGUCAGGAAAAAAGGUUGCUUCUUCAAGUAAGGCCAAGUCUACUGUUUCUCCUUCAAAGAAAAGCGCCUCUGAGACAAAAGCUGCUAAGCAGUCAGAGAAAAAGGCAGUUGAGAGUGAUAAUGUACAAGAAUCCUCGAAGCCAAAAGUGGAAAAGAAAAAACCAGGACGCGGAAAAGCCAUGGAUGAUACUUCUUCAGGUGAUAGUGAAAAACCAGCUGUCUCCUCUGGAAAGUCAGCCUCAAAGUCAAAGAAAGAAGUGAAGGAACCGAUAGAAGAAAGUCCUAAUACAAGCUCAAAGAGAAAACGAAGUCUAGGCACAGAGAAAAAGAAAGCAUCUGAUCUCCAAAAUCCUGACGGAAAUAUAGUUGGGUCGAGGGUCAGAGUCUGGUGGCCUAUCGAUAAAGCGUAUUAUAAAGGUGUGGUCGAUUCAUAUGAUUCUGCUAAGAAGAGACAUCUGGUCAUCUAUGAUGAUGGAGAUCAAGAAAUUUUGAAUCUUAAGAAACAGAAGUGGCAUUUUCUGGAUGAAUCAGAAACAGAGGGUGAAGAAGCUGCUGAGGAAGAAGCCUCCACAGAGCCCCAGAGUAAGAAAGCUAAGACAGGCAAGCAAACAAAGAUAGGAUCAUCAGGGAAAAAGGGUGGGGGAGCUGGUUCCAGCAAGUCUAAAGCCACUCCUGCUUCCAAGUCCGGCAAGAAGUCCCAGGACGACAAAUCAGAGAGCAAACCAAAGGAUUCAAAGGCGGCUAAAGGCAAAGCAAAAUCUACACCUGCUUCUAAGAGCAAGGAGAGCGAUGUGGAGUCAGAGUCGGAAGAGACGCCCAAGGCACCAGAACCAGCAACAAAAGGGAAAUCAGUCGGUUCAGGCAAGUCGCAGGCAAGUCAGUCCAAGUCCGGUAAGAAGAGGAAGCGAUGAGUCUUGCUUCAAGAUAGGGCUUUAUGUAAUUUACAGUGGAAAGCUAAGCGCAACGGCGGUCGUGGUGGUAUUGGUGGUUGCCGUGGCCGUAGAUUGGUGGGACUUGACGUCGUUUGGGCACUAGAAGUGUAGAAUUGUUUUUAUUUAAGACAAGAAGCGUAGUAAUGAGUGGCUUUUCACUUAGGCUUUGAUUUCAGCUUAUGUAUUAGCGUUAAUGUGUGGAUACAUAAGAUGGCUUUGGUUAUUUUCAUUAUUCUUUUUCAAGUUGCAUACUUCCUGUCAUCUCUUCAUUUUGGAUUAACAAUAAAUCUUCCGAAACUCGAUUUAUCAUUUAUUUAGGUUGAGUUACUUGUUUUUGUUAUUCAUAAUCAUGAUUUAUGAUUUUUUUUCA